GCCGCUCCCCUCUGUUCUUCGACAUAUAUAUCUUAACACUCUCGAGCCAAACUACGUAGUACGAACCGCCCUGCAAAACCCGUAGUACGAAGAUCAAAACGUUCUACUUCGAUUAACUUCCGUAUAUCGCGAAGAAGCUGCAGUAGCUGAUACGAUGAGCCGUCAUCCUUCUGUCAAGUGGGCCCAGCGUUCUGACAAGCUCUUCAUCACUGUUGAGUUGCCAGAUGCCAAAAAUGUGAAGUUUAAAUUGGAGCCAGAAGGAAAGUUCUACUUUGCUGCUGAAGCUGGGGCAGAUAACACACCAUUUGAAGUGGACUUUGAGCUCUUUGAUAAAGUUGAUGUGAAUGAAAGCAAAGGCAGUACAACUUCUAGAUAUAUCUGCUAUCUUAUUAAGAAGGCAGAAAAUAAGUGGUGGAGCAGGCUGCUGAAACAGGAGGGUAAGCCUCCAGUAUUUUUGAAAGUAGAUUGGGACAAAUGGGUUGAUGAAGAUGAGCAAGAUGAAAAACCUGGAGCUGGGAUGGACUUUGGUGAUGAUUUUGACUUCUCGAAUCUUAGCAUGGGUGGUCCUGGAGAUUUUGACCCUGAUGCAGCAGGAGAUGCAGAUGAUGAUGACAGUGACACUGACGAAGAGGGUAAGGAGAUCGAAACAGGACCUGCUAGUAGCGAACUGCAAGCACACGCUCCAAGCAGUGAACCGGAGACAAAGGCUUGAGUUCUUGGCCUUUUCCCCAUAUACAUUGAACUGUCAGCCUUCUACUGUUCUACUGUUAUCGGGUAUGGAUUAAAUUGUAGGCCAUGGUAUGGUUGCAUUGAAUGUUAACCGCUACUGCUACUGCUGUUAUGUGUUCUGGAGGACUCAUCUUUGCCUUGUAGAAUUUAUCAUCCAUCCUAGUGCUCCUCAUACAUUUGGACCGAAGAGAAUUUUAUGGAAUGCAGUGUGCUUUAAACUUCCACUUUAUGAGUUUGAUUAUUCGUUGUGGGUUA